AUGUCCGCGUCCGCGUCCGCGUCGCGCGGCGAGGCGUCGAUCGCGGUGAAGGAGGCGCACACGCGUCAUCGCACGUCGAGUCGGUACAUGAGCGCGGAUUUCGCGUUCGAGACGCGCUCGAGCGCGAGCGAACACGGGCACGGUGGGAGCGACCACCCGUCGCCGAGCGGGACGAACGAGAGCGCGGGUGGGGGAUUCCACUCGCCGUUGACGUCGCCGACCGGUUUGGAGGCGCUCGAGCGCGGGAGCGAACAGUGGAACGAAGGCUCCGACGUUGAGUCGGCGUUGGGUGACCAGCGGAAGACUCCGUUGAAGGGGUGUAAGAAGAAUAGAAUGGAUCAGGCGGGGACGCUGAGAAUAAGAGACGUGGAUACGGGGAAGGAGUUCGUCAUGCAUAAGGCUGAGGCGAGCGCGCUGCUCACGGCGCAUCACGCCACGCGUAAGAUCGUGAAAGACGCAACCACGGGGACGCCGUUGAGCGUGGAUCGGUUCGUAAAUGAGGUGGGGUUGCCGAAUGGGAAACCUCACGUGCAUGUGCACGCGAAAGGCGGGCAGAAAGAGUUCAAGGACCUUCGCGUCAUCCAAACGCUCAACGCGCAUGAGGGGGCAAUUUGGACACUCGAAUUCAGCAAAGAUGGGAAAUUUCUCGCAACGGCGGGGCAGGAUAGGAUAGUUCGCGUGUGGAAGACGUCGCUAGACAGCAAGAAGCGCGGCGACAACUUGUUUGACGACGCUCCCGUGCGCUUGUACAAGGGACACCGCGGGGAUAUAUUAGACCUCUGUUGGUCACACACGGAUUGGCUCUUAUCGAGUUCGAUGGACAAAACCGUGCGAUUGUGGUACACGACGAUGGAAGAGUGCUUAAGAAUCUUCACGCACCAAGACUUCGUGACAUCAAUCUCGUUUAAUCCCGUGGACGACAAGUAUUUUAUGUCCGGUUCACUCGAUGGGAAAAUCCGAUUGUGGAACAUUCCUGAUUUGAAAGUUGUUGAUUGGGUUGAUAUAGGUGAAAUGGUGACGUCUUGCACGUUCACCCCCGACGGAACACGCGCUUUCGUCGGCACACACAAAGGUUCGUGCCACUCCUACGGCACGGAAGGUUUCAAGUUUGAAUAUUCUCAUCAAAUUCAAAUUAAGAACGCUCGUUCUUCGAAGGGAGUGGGCAGAAAGAUCACCGGUCUCGACGUCAAGCUUUUUGGCGAAGAAGAGCGCUUGCUCGUCACCUCGAAUGACAGUAGACUUCGGUUGUUCGACUCAGAGGCCGUUCCACCACGCGUGUUGUGCAAGUUUAAAGGUCAUCACAACCAGAACGCACAAAUUCAAGCAACUUUUUCUUCAGACGGAGAAUUUUUGAUCAGCGGGAGCGAACAGCCAGAUGUGUUCAUUUGGCGUGCAAAUAUGAUGGGUGUGCAAGGUUGUUGCGCGGGUCCGACGCAGAAGCAGCGCGCUUACGAAAAGUUUCGCACGGAGGAGCAGCACGUCACAGUAGCGAAAUUUGUGCCAGAUGAAGUGCGCAACAGCAGGGCGUUCCCUCUGGAGCAAUUGACGGGCGCGCUCGGGCGAAUCAUCGUCUCCACUGGAUACACUGGCAAAGUACACGUAUUCGAAAAUCUCAGCGCUAAGUAG